AUGGCCGGCUUCCGCCUCACCAUCGAGAACGGCUCCUUUCGUGACGUCCACGGGAGACAGAUCACGCUACGAGGCAUCAAUGUCGCGGGCGACGCCAAGUAUCCCAACAAACCCGAGCAGCCGUCCCAUGUCGGCGAGAACUUCUUCGAUGGCGACAAUGUCAAGUUUACUGGACGACCGUUUCCCAAGGAAGAAGCCCACCUCCAUUUCUCGCGUCUAAAACGGUUCGGAUACAACACCAUCCGCUAUGUCUUUACGUGGGAGGCCAUUGAAGCUGCUGGCCCUGGCAUCUACGACGAGGAAUGGAUACAGCACACCAUUGACGUUCUGCGCGUGGCCAAGAGCUAUGGCUUCUACAUCUUUAUGGAUCCUCACCAGGAUGUCUGGUCUCGUUUCUCAGGCGGCUCUGGCGCCCCCAUGUGGACGCUCUACGCUGCCGGUUUGAACCCACAAAGCUUUGCAGCAACAGAGGCGGCCAUUGUUCAUAACGUCUACCCAGAACCCCAGAACUUUCCCAAGAUGAUCUGGUCGACAAACUAUUACAGACUCGCUGCCGCAACCAUGUUCACACUGUUCUUCGCUGGGCGAGACUUUGCGCCAAAAUGUAUCAUUGACGGCGUCAACAUCCAGGACUACCUACAGGAUCACUUGUUCAAAGCUUGCGCUCACCUUGCGCAGCGAAUACACGAGGCUGGGGACAUUGAGAACGAUGUGGUCUUUGGCUGGGAAAGUCUGAAUGAGCCCAACAAGGGUAUGAUCGGUUAUGAGGAUAUUUCCGUCAUCCCUAAGGAGCAAAACUUGAAGAAGGGGACGUGCCCGACCAUCUGGCAAACCAUACUUACGGGGUCUGGUCGGGCGACUGAGGUUGAUACGUGGGACAUGGGCGGCAUGGGUCCGUACAAGGUUGGAAGGGCGCUCAUUGAUCCUAGUGGUGAGCAGGCGUGGUUACCAGCCGACUAUGACGAGUCUCGCUAUGGCUACAAGAGAGACCCGGGGUGGAAACUAGGCCAGUGUAUAUGGGCUCAGCACGGUGUUUGGGAUCCAGCCACCGACUCUCUGCUCAAAAAGGACUACUUCGGCAAGCAUCCUCUGACUGGCGAACAUGUCGACUAUCCUUAUUUCAGCAACCGCUAUUUCAUGGACUUUUUCCGCAAAUACAGGGACACGAUCCGAAAAAUCCACCACGACGCCAUCAUCCUUCUUCAGGGACCUACCAUGGAGCUGCCUCCCAAAAUCAUUGGUACUGCGGAUGGCGAUGACCCUUUGCUAGUAUACGCGCCACAUUGGUACGACGGCAUCACCCUCAUGACGAAGAAAUGGAACCGAGUGUGGAAUGUCGACGUGAUAGGAAUUCUCCGCGGUAAAUAUUGGAGCCCUGCGUUUGGGAUCAAGAUUGGAGAGACGGCUAUCCGGAAUUGCUUCAAAAAUCAGCAUGCCACUAUGAGACAGGAAGGUCUUGAUUAUAUCGGGAAUCACCCCUGCGUGAUGACCGAGUUCGGCAUUCCUUACGACAUGGAUGACAAGAAUGCUUACAAGACGGGCGACUACUCGAGCCAGUCGGCUGCGAUGGAUGCCAACCAUUACGGUGUAGAAGGGGCGGGAUUGGAGGGCUACACGCUGUGGCUCUAUAUGACCAAGAACGAUCAUGAAAAGGGAGAUCAAUGGAAUGGAGAAGAUCUGUCCAUCUUUUCGGUGGAUGACAAGCUUCUUCCACAGUCACCCGUUCCGAAGUCACACAGUCCCAAUCGGUCAAGAUCUGGGUCAAGCUCUAGCAUUGCGACUCCAACAGGCACUAAAGAUGAUGACUUGGACGACGACAGCAGCGUAACUCCAGCUAACAUCAAGCGCACGCUCACCAACCCCUCCAUAUCGUCGGAGAGCACGCAGCGUCAGCCGGAAUUGACCAACAGUCCCGGAUACCGCGCAGCCGAGGCAUACGUGCGCCCAGCACCAAUAGCCACCGCCGGUACCGUGAAGAAAUACGGGUUCGACCUCGGGUCAUGCCAGUUCAACAUGACAAUCCAAGCUCCGGAGGCGGCCAAGCCGGAUACUCCAACGGUGGUCUUCUUGCCCGACUACCACUUCCCGAAAGACGGCUGCCAUGUGGAGGUAAGCUCGGGCAAGUGGGAGAUUAGGAGUGAUGAGGAAGAGACCACGUCGUUGCAGAAGUUGAGGUGGUGGCACGGAGAAGGAGAACAGACGCUUCGGGUUACGGGUGUGGUCAAGCAGGUUAAUGGCGCCUCGGGUGAGGGGUCCGAGGUCGGAUACUACGACCAAAUCUUUAACCAGGCUAAAGGGUUUUUGGAGGCUUGCGUUGUCAUGUAA